UUCCGCAGUUUCCCCGAAUGCGUAAAAGCGGUUUCCUAAAUAUUUACGCUCGAUUUGAAAUGAGUUUAUGCCUAAUUUGACAUUGUUAACUUAAUGAUUGACUUGCUUGAAGCCCUUGCUAUCAUUCCUAUUUUUUUUUUUUGUAGAGAAAACUCUCAUAAGACGAAUAAUUCCAACAAAAGUUACCACGGAAGUUUUGAAAAGCUUUUUGAAUUUAUUGAAGCAAUCGAAAAUUACAAUGAUUGAAACUUGCAAUUAAGCUUGAUAAAUUCGUUUAGUAAAUUCGCUUCCUAAUUGUCAACGACACGCCGCGUCCAACAAGGAACUCUCCUCCCCAAGCUCCUCCCGUCUCGCUGCUCUCGGGAAAAUGUUCCGCUCAAUGGGGUCCCGCGGCAACACUCCUCUCAGCUCAACCGCGAAUCUCAGGUCCGGUUCGAGCUCCUACUCGGGAAUAGAUGAGCAGGCUGUGGCGAAAGAGGCGGUCAAAAUUGUUCUGGCGGGGUCCAAGAAUGGAAUGUCCACUUUGUGUGGGGAGUUUGCGAAGAUUAUGCGAGACAAAAUGAAGUAUGAGCGUGAAAACCAAGUGAUGAAAAAAGAACUGGCCUCAGUGAAAGGAGAGGUUGAGCUGCUGAGAACGAUGUUGGAUGCAGCCAAACAGCAACUACAAGAGCACAGAUCGGCUGGAUCAUCUGGCUCCUCUGGCUACAACACUCUGGGAGAUGACUCGCAAUGUGGGGGUGCACCUGUUCAGCAGAAUGAGGAGGGGGGUCAUAAUCACGUGAUGCAUGAUCACGUGAUGAGUCCAAUGGACUCGAACGAUUCAGUCGCACCCAGACCAUGUCAUUGCGAUGGAAAUGCGAUGAGCUGCGACAACUGCAACUGUCACGAACACCACUCAACAUGUCAGCACUGCUGUCUAUGCAAUCAUAUGACACAGUUGAGGUGCACAUGCACCCUCGAAACACCCCCUUGCAACUGUUCCUGUCAUCAUCUGCGACACUUCCCUUCUUCCGACUACCAGACAAACAGCCUCGCAAUCCCUCAUAGUUCCAUUUUGGGACCUCCGAUUCCAGAAGAACCCGAGGAUCCCGAAGAAUAUGAAGACUUCGAGGACCUGCCGUGUUUCUCAGUUGCCUGUCAAACCAGUGAUCUCUUCAAUUUUCACCAGCCUGUGAUUACAAUAGACGCUGUUUGCCAGACCAAAUUCGCCGCUUUGAAUCCACGAGAACCAGAAACACAAACAACAGCGUGUCAAACCAGCUUUAAAAGUACCCAAUCUUCAGAAGAUUCAACCGUCAGAGUAGUGAGAGGUUCGAUUCCCGCUCACGAUUUGACAGUCAAAACACCUCUAAGUGAUUCUGUUUCACGAUUGCCCCAAUUCCAAAUUCCAGCUGUUAAAAUCCAAUCUGACAUGAGCACUCAAAGUGACCCAAGUGUCAAUGAGACGAGUAAAAAUGUCCAAGCAGAAGUUGCCAUGAUGACGAUGGACUGUCAAACUGAGAGUGAAGAUUUCCCGAAAAUCACCCAAAAGUUGGGUUCUAAGAGCUCGAAUUCCCAAACUGAAGAAGCCCAAUUGGAAAACACAUGCUGUCAAACUGGGUCUGAUCUAAUCCGGACUUUUAACAUGGGGACCCAAACUCCUGGAAAGAAUGUUGAUUCUCAAUUUUGUCAGACAAAUUUCAUCUCUGUUCAACUUGAUAAAUGGUGUCAAUUUCCGCUGUUAAAAGGUGAUGAAAUUGUCAUUGACCAAGAAUGGGAGAUUCCGAGGCAUUUGAGUUACGAGCCACCCUUUGCCAGAACACCUUUGGUAUCUAUUGAAACAAAUAUAAUGAGCAUGUUGAACCAAACUCUCCAGUACUCGAACCCAAUCGUAACCCUUACUGCUCCUGAAAUGAGUCAUAACUCGAGUCAAGGGUCGGCGGGUAAAAUGUCGAAAUCGAGGAGCAUGCCCCGAAUUAAAACAAGUACCCCAACCCGACAAAUGAGCCCGAUUAAGUUCGUUGAUUCCAGUGUCGCGUACCAAGAGCCGCAACAAGUGCAUACAGGUCGACGGUCGGUGUCCAGGAACAGGUCUUCCGGAGCUCCAGGAAGCGCCAGGGAAAGCCGGUCUUCCCGUUAUUACAAUGAAGAAUGGGCUAGCGAUUCGGCAGCAACCGGGUCUGGACAUCAGUUCACGUUCGGAUGUUACGAGGGACCGAAGUUGUUGAGCAAACCGAGCAAAAAGCAGCUCGGAAUCAAGAAAGGGAAAUCAUGGGAAAAUUACGUUAAUGCGCUACCGCCCAAAGUGACAUUUCCCUCGCGAGUAGUCACAAACGAACACACCAUUUCAAACAGCUCCAUGUCAGACAACGCAGAGUCCGAAACAGAAGCACUCUCACACUCUUUCGCGAAACUUUUAGAACCUUCUGUUCUGACGUCACCGGUUCCGAUGAUUGGCUGCAGAUGUGAUGCUUGUAUAUACGUGUUCCAGCAUGCACCGCUGGGACCAGAUGACGUCAAUCAUGAUAUUGAGAAACUGGGUCUUGUGCUGGACGAGAGAGUGCGACUGGUGGAUGGGAGGGGUGGACAUGUGAGAUAUAUUGGACACAUAGGCUGCUCCUCAGACCCCUACUCAGUCUACGCAGGAGUCGAACUCCACACUCCACACACAGCGUCCGGUUACUGUGACGGCAGUAUUGGAAAUGUGCGCUACUUUUCAACCCGACCUAACAGAGGCGUAUUUGUACCCUACCAGCAAAUCAUAUCCACCGAACGAGACCAGAACGCAAAAAAGACAGCUAUGAAAAGAAGCACAAGCAGUUACAAAUGAAACACCCAUCUUUCUGAAAACUGGCUAACUGCAACCAAGUUAAAGCCCUGAUGAAUGAACUGAACUUACUAGCAACGUUGAUAUUAAAACUGCUUGAAGCCUAUUGAAUUGAAAUUGUGGUCUUCAAAUACAGUGAUUCUGAAUAACUGGCUUUUGA